ACACAGAGCAAAACUGCAGUAACGGUUUGAUAAUAACUGAUAUCUCUCUGUUUCCUUGACAGCUUGUAUAAUGAUUCGUAUUUACAUAAUGAUGGAUUACUGUUUCGAGCUCGUAGAAAGCCGCCUUUCGCCUCUUGUUCCAGCACCAGCUCUGUUCUUCAUCAAGGCAUCAACAUGCUGAGCUGCUGGUUUCUCAGAAACACCGUUGUUGAGCUCUUGCAGAGGGGACAUUAUAAGGAAAGCGACAACCAGAGGAAGGAAAUAAUUGCAGAAAGGAAUCCCUUUUUACCUCCAUUAAAUUGGCAUUGUUCGUGGAAUCGAACUCUCCAUGGC